GCUGAGCUUGCUAGAGGAUUUCCCAGAUGUAGUAAUGAUAGACAAUCACUGGAAGCCACCCAUUGUCAGACCACAAAUAAUAACAUUUGGAGUGGGCCAGGAUUGUGUCAACCAGUAUGCAGUUAAAUCUGAACCUUCUAAUCAAGCCCAAGAUUGUCAAGAAGCACAGAACAGAGAUCAUAGUAAUUCUCAAGAACCAGGUAAACAGCUAAUAGACUCACAUUUGAAAGAAAAUAUUCGAAAAGUGGUCCUGCAGAAUCCACAGGGAAUUGAAUUUGGAAAAUUUGCUGGUGUAUUUCAUCAGAUUCAUGGUAUACAGCUUUGCCUCACAAAAUAUGGAUACAAGUCACUGCUUAGUUUGCUAGAGGAUUUGCCAGAUAUAGUAAUGAUAGACAAUGACUUGCAGCCACCCAUUGUCAGACCACAAAUCAUAACAUUUGGAGUGGACCAGGAUAGCGUCAACCAGUCUCCAGUUAAAUCUGAACUUCCAAAUCAAGCCCAGGAUUGUCAGGAAGCACAGAACAGAGAUCAUAAUAAUUCUCAAGAACCAGGUAAACGGCGAAUAGACUCACAUUUGAAAGAAAAUAUUCGAAAAGUGGUCCUGCAGAAUCCACAGGGAAUUGAAUUUGGAAACUUUGCUGGUGUAUUUCAUCAGAUUCAUGGUAUACAGCUUUGCCUCACAAAAUAUGGAUACAAGUCACUGCUGAGUUUGCUAGAGGAUUUGCCAGAUAUAGUAAUGAUAGACAAUGACUUGCAGCCACCCAUUGUCAGACCACAAAUCAUAACAUUUGGAGUGGAUCAGGACAGCGUCAACCAGUGUCCAGUUAAAUCUGAACUUCCUAAUCAAGUCCAGGAUUGUCAGGAAGCACAGAACAGAGAUCAUAAUAAUUCUCAAGAACCAGUUCUCCAGGUCCAGGACUGGUUGCAAGCACAAAUAUCUUUCCAAAAUAACACCACAGAGCGAAAUGUCCCUUCUUUAGAAGAUGACAUGGCAGUGAAGUGUGCUCUGAAAGAAACCAUUCUGAAUGUUGUCCUUCAGUAUCCCAAAGGCAUUAUUUUGAAUGAAUUUCCUGCUGCGUUCAGCCAGAUCAGUGGCAAACGACUUGACCUGUCAAAAUAUGGUUAUAAAUCCCUGGAGUCACUGCUGCAAGGCCUCUCAGAUGUCGUUCAUGUAGACUACAGUAAUAGUCCACCUCUUGUUAAACUACAGCAAUGGGUAAAAGAAGACAAAUUCUACAGCCCUCUUGAGUCAAAUCCACAGAAACAAAAUUGUCAACAGGAAAAACAACAGGAAGAAUUCAGUGCCCUUCCAAACUGGACCUUUAAACCAAUUUGCCAGGUUCCUCCGGCGAUUGAAAUGACCUUAGCUAGCAUCUUGCAUCGCUUCCCUGCUGGUCUAAAAAUGAAGAAACUGGCAAAAGAAUUUAAAGACAUUUAUGAGCAAGACCUGAAAGAGGUGGCACAAAUGUUGAGAUAUGGUGAACCGAUGAACUUGCUGAAACACCUUCCUGGUAUAUAUUUCUGUAGUGAGACUAAAACAGAGAACUGUAAGGUCCUACUUAAAGAAGAAUGGAAGCCUAGCAGCCCAGCUGCAGUAAUACCUGCUGCUUGUGAUGUAUCUUUAGCAUCUGCUAAGGAACAGCAACCUCUGAUUCCUGACAAAUUCUUAAAUGCAUCCAACUGUGGGAUUUCUCAGGAAGCCUAUACUGCUCUUUCCAAAGGGACUAAAAACAGUGAUCCAGACAACUGCUAUGUGGCUGCCAAACUGAACACCCCUUCACUGGAGCCCGCAGUCCCUGCAAAGAAGCUGUGGUCAGAGAUCUUGUUUGGGUCAACAGUGACAACUGACCGAGCAGCAAAUCCAUCUGUAUGCUGCACACCUAGAAAUCCAAUGACUUCUGCUACUACUAGUCAAAGUAUGUUUGUCUUAAACAGUACAGAAAGUAAGGACCAGCAUCCUUCUGUCUCAGACACGGAAAAGCAGACUGUAACACAUACAGUCUGUCUGUCAGAGCUAAAGCAGAACAUUGUUUGCAUUGUGAAGAAUCACCCAAGUGGCAUGUCCUUGUUUGAACUGAGAAACGAAUACUUCUCCCUCUUCAGUCAUCAUCUACCGCUGAAUGGAUACCCAACUGUCAAUCACUUACUGAAUAGUAUGAGAGACAUCAUUAAAAUAGAAGGUGUAGGGGUGAACAUGAUGAUUUACCCACUUUCAUGUAAGCCAACUCCAUUAACUGUUAGCGACAUGGAUUCAGUUCAUCCUAUUCCCCCAGAGGUAACACUGAACCUCAUUUGCAUCCUGAAUCGCUUUCCUUGUGGGCUGAGGGCAAAAAAAGUUGCAGAAUAUUUUGAAAAUGCAUGUGGACAAGACCUGAAUCAGCUGGCUAAAACUUUGGGAUAUAAUGACCCUCAGCACUUACUCAUGCAUCUACCGGGUGCCACACUCACUAAAGGAAAUAAAGUUGUAAUCGCAAAGGCUGUUGCACCUCAAAAGCCUGGAGUAGCACUAACUGCUGUACAACAUAUUUCUGCUCCAAAGAAAGAAGUCAAGGCUGCACGUCUCCAGAGUACACAGGAGUUAGAUCCUCAGCAUCCCAAAAUGACAGGAAGCCAUAAUGCAACACAACAUUUCGUUGAUGCCACAUCUACACAAGAAUCAUUAAAAGACAGAUCAGUGGUUAUGCCCCAGCAGGCUAACACCUCGUUUGCAUCACCAGAAGUCUGUACUCCUUCUGUAACCCCACGUAUUCCAUGUUCAUCUAGAGGGAAAGUAGCAGGAGUCUCUUCAAGUCAGAAUGCUACUACAGCUAAUAGUACAGCGGGAGUGACCCCACAUCCUUAUGUUUUAGCAGCUAAGGCUGGACAGCACAGCCCAGCAGUCAAGCAUUCAGCACUGUCAGAACUAAAACAGAAUAUUUCUCAUAUUAUGAAGCAACAUCCUGAUGGUUUGACAGUAUUUAAGUUUAAGAACGUGUAUGCAUCACAAUUCAAAUGUCAUAUUCCUCUGGAUGGAUACUCCUCCAUCAAUCACCUACUAAAUGACAUGAGUGACGUCAGCUUGGAAGGGAUAGGGGCACAGACUGUGGUUUACCCAGCUUCAUCUAAGCCAAACCCUCAAAUUGCAAUCUUUGAUGAUUCUGGAAUCAGACUUGUGAAUUUGAGAGAAGAAAAUUCUGAAGCUGAACCUCAAAUGACAACAGCAACAGUUUCUGCUGUACAACAGCCACCAGAUCCAGAGGCUCUACUUCAUAACCCACAUACUGAAACUUCACAGAAGGAUUUUCCUCAACAAUCCAAAGUGGCAGGAAGUCAUAAUUCAGCUCCGCAUUCAGUUACCGCCACAUCUGCAUCUUUGGUUUCGGACCAUACUGUACCCAUCAUGCAAGAGGUGCCUGAAGAGUUGCUUGCACCAUGGAUAACUGCUAAUCCUGUAGUAAAUCCACACAGUCCUACAUCAGAGGUGUCCCACCAUCCUUCUGUCUCUGUAUCAGACAAGGACCAGUACUGUCUAACAAACAAGCGUUUGACAUUAUCAGAAAUAAAACAAAAUGUUGCCUUCAUUGUACAACAGAACCCAGAUGGUGUGCCUGUGUCUGAGUUGAAGAACGUGUACACAUCCCAUUUCAAGCAUAAUCUGCCAAUGAGUGUUAACCUUCUGUUAAAGGCCAUGAAGGAUACCAUCAGAACUGAAGAAAUAAGGGAGCAGACAAUGCUUUUUCCACUGUCAUAUGAACAAAACCUUCCCAUUACAGUCCCUGAUGAUCUUGGAAUCAGACUUGUGAAUUUGAGAGAAGAAAAUUCUGAAGCUGAACCUCAAAUGACAACAGCAACAGUUUCUGCUGUACAACAGCCACCAGAUCCAGAGGCUCUACUUCAUAACCCACAUACUGAAACUUCACAGAAGGAUUUUCCUCAACAAUCCAAAGUGGCAGGAAGUCAUAAUUCAGCUCCGCAUUCAGUUACCGCCACAUCUGCAUCUUUGGUUUCGGACCAUACUGUACCCAUCAUGCAAGAGGUGCCUGAAGAGUUGCUUGCACCAUGGAUAACUGCUAAUCCUGUAGUAAAUCCACACAGUCCUACAUCAGAGGUGUCCCACCAUCCUUCUGUCUCUGUAUCAGACAAGGACCAGUACUGUCUGACAAACAAGCAUUUGACAUUAUCAGAAAUAAAACAAAAUGUUGCCUUCAUUGUACAACAGAACCCAGAUGGUGUGCCUGUGUCUGAGUUGAAGAACGUGUACACAUCCCAUUUCAAGCAUAAUCUGCCAAUGAAUGUUAACCUUCUGUUAAAGGCCAUGAAGGACACCAUCAGAACUGAAGAAAUAAGGGAGCAGACAAUGCUUUUUCCACUGUCAUAUGAACAAAACCUUCCCAUUACAGUCCCUGAUGAUCUUGGAACCAAACUUAACAGUUCAAAUGAAGGAAGUUCUGUAGAUGUACCUCAGAUGCAUACAACAGUUCCUGAUGUACAACAGCCACAAACUCUGAAGAAUCAAAUGUGCAACCAACAUCCUAUGGUGUUAUCUCCACAGCAUACCAGCAUGGCAAGCAGUCAUAAUCCAAUUUUCCAUUCAUUUGCUAAUCCAUCAAUGCCUUUGUUUGUGCAGCAUGCUGUACCCAUCAUGCACCAGAGGCCUUUGAGCUUGUUUGGGCCUCCCAUAAUUUGGACUCCUGUAGUAAAUCCAUACAUUUCUUUCCUAGCCCAAAGGACAGCAACUGCCAUUCCAACAACUCCAGUUGCAUCAUCACAACCAAUAGAACCCCAGCAUAUUUCUGUUUCAGCAUCAGAUAAGAGGCAAACCAGUCUACCAGACAAGCUGCUGACAUUAUCAGAAUUAAAAGAGAAUGUUUCCUUCGUUGUACAACAGAACCCAGGUGGUAUACCCUUGUCUGAGCUGAGGAAUGCCUAUGUAUCCCAUUUCAAGCAUCAACUGCCGCUAGAUAACUUGUAUAUUGUUAAUCACCUGUUGAAGCCUAUGAAGGACCUUAUCAGAAUGGAAGAAAUAGGAGAGCAGACAGUACUAUUUCCAGCAUCAUCCAAACCAAACCCACAAGUUGUGGUCCAGUGUGAUUUUGAAUCCAAAUUAACAAGAUCAAAAGAAGAAAAGUCUGCAGUAACAAGAUCCAAAGAAGAAGAAAAGUCUGCAGUGCCUCAAAUGCCCAUCAACAGUGCUGUGCAUCAACCCCCAACUCCAGAUAAAGUGAUUUUGAACCCCCAGGCUGAGAUUUCUCAAGAUUUAUGUCCACAGUAUUCCCAAGAAACAGGAAGCCAAAGUCAAACCCAGGAUGCCUUAUGUGCCACAACAGAGGUUUCACAAGAUACUACUCCCAUCAUGCAAUGGAUGCCUCAUAAACUGCCAAAUUCACCAGAUAGUUCCACCCCUUGGGAGACACAGUGUAGCUCCCCUACACCACAGGCAACAGUGAGUGCAGUCCCUUCAGGUGAGAGUACCAUGUCAGUGAGAAGGGCAGCAUCAGAGACACAGUAUCAUUCCUUCACAGUACCAGAUGAACAAGAGCAGAGUGUGACAGCCAAGGUCUCCACAUCAUCAGAUCUAAAACAGAACAUCACUUAUAUCGUGGAACAGCACCCAGAGGGUCUGUCAUUGUUUAAAGUGCGGAAUGCCUACGCAUCACAUUUCAAGCAUCAUAUUCCUCUGGAUGGAUACUCCUCCAUCAGUCACCUACUAAGUGACAUGAGUGACAUCGUCAGCUUGAAAGGGAUAGGGGCGCAAACAAUGGUUUACCCAGCUAAAUCAAAGCCAAACUCACAUGUUCAGAAUGACUCUGAAUCCAAAUUAACAAGAUCCAAAGAAGAAGAAAAAUCUGCAGUAACAAGAUCCAAAGAAGAAGAAAAAUCUGCAGUACCUCAGAUGCCCAUCAGUAGUGCUGUGCACCAACCCCCAAUUCCAGAGAAAGUGAUUUUGAGCCCCCAGGCUGAGAUUUCUCAGGACUUAUAUCCUCAGUAUUCCCAAGAAACAGGAACCCAAAAUCAAACCCAAGAUGCCUUAUGUGCCACAACAGAGCUUUCACAAGAUACUACUCCCAUCAUGCAAUGGAUGCCUCAUAAACUGCCAAAUUCACCAGAUAGUUCCACCCCUUGGGAGACACAUUGUAGCUCUCCUACACCUCAGGCGGCAGUGAGUGCAGUCCCUUCGGGUGAGAGUACCAUGUCAGUGAGCAGUGCAGCAUCAGAGACACAGUAUUAUUCAGUCACAGUACCAGAUGAACAAGAGCAGAGUGUGACAGCCAAGGUCUCCACAUCAUCAGAUCUAAAACAGAACAUCGCUUAUAUUGUGGAACAGCACCCAGAGGGUCUGUCAUUGUUUAAGCUGCAGGAUGCCUACACGUCACAGUUCAAGCAUCAUAUUCCUCUGGAUGGAUACUCCUCCAUCAAUCACCUACUAAAUGACAUGAGUGACAUCGUCAGCAUGGAAGGGUUAGGAGCACAGACUGUGAUUUACCCAGCUAAAUCAAUUCCAAACCCACAUGUUAUGCUUCAUGAUGAUUCUGGUUUUUCCAGUUUGGCAGCAAAGAACACUUCUCAUUUGUUGGAACAGUCCACUGCAGGAGAGUUGGAAAUUCCUUUCCAGCCAAUCAAAGUGAAGAAACAUAGAAAAAAACACAAGGUUACCUUGACCACUGAAGGAGAGCCAGUAAAAGUGAAGAAACAUAGAAAAAAACACAAGGUUAACUUGCAAGAUUUACUGUCUAAAUAUUCUGCUGAUGUAACUACCUCACCUAAGGAUUUCUCAUCUGUUCUGCUAACUGAAUCCUGUGCAUUACCUUUACCUACAGACAUCAAGUGUUUAGAGGGCGACAGUGUCAACAGUGAAACUACCACAAAGACAACUUUGUCUGAUUCAGUGAAAUUUACAAUUCCUGCAUCCGUCUCAGCUCCAUAUUCAACCACUGCAAAAUCAAGCACAACUUGUAAUGUUGCAAUAACCACAUGCCAAACAAACAUGAAAUUGCCUUCAUCUCCAGUUACUCAUCCAUUCCCAAACCAAAAUUCUAAUCCACACCUGCAUGUUCCAGUCUCACAUGCAAUGUUAAGGUCUCAGCUAUCGACCUAUUUGCAUUGUUCACCUGUGUAUACUGUGCCAAACAAGCCAACUCAGACAUAUGUCUCUUCUGUAAUGACUUCAGCAGUCAAUCCAAGCAGGUUUGUGCCAAAUCUUCCAAUCACAUCUCCUUUUAUAGUGCCUUGUCCUGUAUCUUCAGUAAUGUCUCAUCCCAAAAGUUUAGUUUUUCCUGUUUCAGCAACAGAUGCAGUCAUUGGUAAGAAUGCAUAUGCAAAGCAUGUCAGUAAUUCUAAUUCAGCUUUGGUAAUUAAUCAUAUGCCUUCACUAAUGGAUUCAAGCCCUGAGCACAAUCCUACAUUAACAACUUCAGAAACAUCUGAAGUAAAGUUCAAACCUAUGUAUACACAUCCAUAUCCAACUAAAAUUCAUGACAGUUCUACAUUUAAAAGUACAUAUCCUUCUGAAUUAGAACCUAAUCCAACAGUUCCAGCUUCAGAAACAUUCGAAAUUCAGUCUUGCCCUACAUUUACAAGUUCAAAUGCAUUGGAACUUGAGUCCAUUUCUUCAUUUACAAAUUCAGGAACAUCUGAAAUUUCAUCUAGCGCUACAGCAGCAAAUUCAGAGACACUUAAAACUCAGUCCUCAACUCUGCAUACAGAUCCAAAAACAUCUCAAGUACCAGCAGUCAUAAACUCUGCAGCUGAAACACAAGGAAAAGCUUUGCUUAAUAAUUCAGUUGCUUGUUAUUUCUAUCCAUCCUAUCUGCCUCACACUACAGUUUCUGAAUCUUCUCUUACCACCUGUUCUUUAAAAUACAGUGGUACUGUUUCUACUACUCAAAAACUGAACAAAUCUGAUGCUCUUGCAAGGGAGGAUGCAGAGCCAUUAAAAUCUUCCUGUGUAACAUCUUGUAUUCUAGACCAGCAUAACUUAGUCCCCAGUGUAGCUGACCAACAUAUUACUGAUGCUAAUAUGACUACCAAAAUUCCCAAACCUGACAUGAAGCACGUUAUUUUUAAGACUGAUGAAACUCAGGAAUACGCCAUAUUUCCUAGAAAACAAAAUACCGAAUGUACUACUAAUUCAGAUCUGAGUCAUAUUAAGUUAGCAUCUCAAACAGUUGCUGAAUGCUCUACCUCUUUACAAAAAACAAAAAGUGAUUCUGAUGCAAGAAAUUCCAGAGAGGAAAAUAAAUCUGGCUUUGAAUCACUGUCUCCCACCAUAACAUUUGCUGAAUAUCCUGUUAGAAACAGUCAACAAGUUCAUCGGGCAGUACAGACUGUUCUUCCCAGUCCAAGACAAGCUGUUGUGGAUGUUGAACAUUCAUAUCAAUCACAGACUAGAACUUUCCAGCAUCUACCACAACAACCACAGCAGAGAGCUGUGUUACUUAAAGACACACAUAAAGUUUUGCCAGGAAUGCAUUCAGUGACAUCUGAAUCGAGUUUCAGUAGUUUUACAACAAAUGUGGUCACAUCCAGAGGUUAUGACAUGAAACAUCAGGAGUUCAGUGGCCUUCCUAGGUAUCCAUCUUAUUUUAUACAAAAUGAAAGUCACGGACAUUUUAGUGACCACAGUCAUUCAUCUUUGCAUGUGACAGAGCCUCUGACACCACAAAAAAAGAAAAAAAAUUCAUGUGUCCUUUUGUAAUGGUGCUGGCUCUGUUUUUCCUUUUGGUUUACUGUCUUCCAUCAUCUCGAGAUAUUUAUGGAAGUCACCUUUUUAUCAUAUUUAUAAGUUACAACUUAUAUUUGGGAUCUAGAUAUCCCUUCAGUGCAGGCAGCACAGUGGUGCAGUGGAUAGUGUUGUCGCCUCAUAAGAAGAAGUUCCUUGGUUCAGUUACCAGCCAGGGUGCCUUCUAGCAGAGUCUGCAUGUCCUCCCUUUGUUCAUAUGGGUUUCCUCUGGGUGAUGCAGUUUCAUCCCAUAUUCCAAAGACAUGCAGUAGGUGAACUGGACACACUAAAUUGGCUAUAGGUGUGAGUGUGCAUGCAAGUGCAUGUUAUGGAAGACCAGUUGAUGCAGGGCUAACCACCUGGUGGUGUGAACCUGGCUCCAGGUGAUUGCCAGUUUUGAAAUGACACCACAACCCCAUGUGCAAAAAUGGGAAGAUGGGUUGUGGGUGGAUAGCAAUCCCUAAAGUGAGAUGUCAAAGAGGGCUGGAUGUGACAGAUAAUGUAUAUUAAUAAAUAAUAAAAAAAAAGAUACCUCUUAAUAAAAAAACAACUCAAAAUAAGGAGCUCAACUUCCAAAAACCAACAAGGGCAAGUUGCUUUUGUUAUUUUAUUCUGGUACCUCAUCAUUUUGCCUUCAAUAGAAUAAUGUGACAUUAUAACACCCCAUCUUUUAUACACACAUUCUUCAAACCAAUUAGAGUUAAUUAAUUAAUUAAUUAAUUAAUUAAUUAAUUAAUUAAUUGUCAAGCAAACAUUACAAAAAAUUCAAACAAUUUAACCACUUAAAAUAUAUUAUAAAUUUUAAAACUUAAAGGUUUAGAGCAUUAAGAAAACCCGUAGCAAACUAAAGCAUUUCAAAAAUCUAAUACUUUAAACAUUUAUUUUACAAAUAUAUUCCUAAACAAUACAUUAUUAAAUAACCUUGGUUUUUAAAUACUUAUAUUACUUUAGAUUAAAUGGCACAAUAAUCCACAGUGCAUAGUAAAAAAAGAAUUUAUAACCAUUAUAACAGUACAAAUGCAAAAGUAUUAUAAAGUUAAAUUGCUAUCGAUAUUCAUACCCCUAGGUUGGAGUGUUCUAAAAUGUAUUAUCAUCCUACAUUCCAACCUGUCCAACUCAUUUUUAAGCUUCCCCCAUUCUCCAUAAAUGGACAUGCCAACACACUAAAACACAAACUUUUAUGACAGCAUCAUGCAUAGAAACAAAAUGUUCCGCUACCUGAUUCAGGCAAUUUCUUUUUCUGAUAUCCCCCAGAUGCUCCAUGAUUCUCACUUUUAACUUUUCUUUUAGUUUGCUCAAUAUACCACUUAACCUUUUCACAACCACAUCCUAUAAUAUAAACAACACCCUUUGAAUUACAAUGAAAAAUCUCUCUCGCUCUAUAGAAUCUACCAUUUAUUUUCGAGCCAUCAGGAUUUCUAACUCUGCAGCAAGUAAUGCAAUUCCCACAUGAACGCAUACCCACUCUGUCUACCUUGUUGUUGGUUUUUGGAAGCUGAGCUCCUUAUUUUGAGUUGUUUUUUAUGUUGGUACCUUUUUGCUUGUGUGUUUAAAAAGAUACCUUUUUCCAGGACACAUCGAUGACAAGCAGAGAAUUUAUUCUGUGAUGAAGUAUGAAAGUUAUGUGACUUAAAAUCAAAAAUGAAUUCAGUAUUUUCAGAGUUAGAAAUACACAAAGUCAAUAUUUUCAUAGCUAGAAAUACUUUCCACAUUCUCCUUUUGGAAGUCACAAUCCCAGACAUAGAGAUGUACUAGAAUAUAUUGAAUAAUGUAUCAAACAUUUUGAAAGCAAAAUAAUUCCUUUUUGUUAUAUUUGAAAUUUCUUGACAUUUAUCCUGUGUGAUUUUCUUUCUAUUUUUAUAUAUGCUUGCAUUAAAUAUUAAAACCAAGCAGGAGUACCUCAAAAUAGAGACAUUCUCCAUCUGUGAGAUACAAUAAAAACAUACUGUUGAUGAAUUAAGCAUUUUAACUUGAAGAGGCUACAACAAAAGUUUCAACAGGCCUGUACGUGCAUUCCUAGAACUGCAUUCUGUUUUUUUAUAAUUGUCUUAAAAGUCAUUGUGUUAACAGUGAAGUGAAUAAGGGGUUUGUACAAAGCAGAAUAUGACCUGCCGAAGCAUUGGGUUUGACUACCUUAGAUUAUCUAGCCGAAGGAAGUCAUACAUUGUUUUCAAGAACAACAAAGCUAGAGGUGCAUUUAGUUAGUUAUGUUUGAUUCUUGUAGUACCAGGAAUAAUUUUGAAAAGCUGUACUGAAGAGUUUGAAAAGAAUAGCAUCCUCUUUCAGCUGGUCAGUCAUCUUGAAGUAUUUAGUAUUGUCUCUUUGCCAAAAAUAAUGUCUUUCUGUGAAAAUAAUGUAAAAACGUUAAAUACUGACUUAUUUUAUUAAAUUCAUUGUACAGCU